AUGGGAAAGUUCACAAGGGUUUGUGUCUUUUGUGGAAGUAAUUCAGGGAAUAAAAAGAUAUUCAGCGAUGCAGCUCUUGAUCUUGGAAGGCAACUGGUUGAAAGGAAGAUAGAUUUAGUCUAUGGAGGAGGGAGUGUUGGCUUGAUGGGGCUUGUUUCUCAGACUGUUUAUGAUGGUGGAUGCCACGUUUUAGGGGUUAUCCCAACAGCUCUUGUAGCAGUUGAGAUUUCAGGUCAAACGGUUGGAGAAGUGUUAAUUGUAUCCGAUAUGCAUGAAAGGAAGGCUGAGAUGGCUCGUAGAGCUGAUGCUUUCAUUGCUCUUCCUGGAGGGUAUGGAACCUUAGAGGAGUUGCUUGAGAUGAUAACAUGGUCUCAGCUUGGAAUCCAUAAUAAGCCAAAUGGAUCAAAGGUAGUAAAAUUGACAGCCGUCCAAAAUGCUGAGGAGACUGACCAGAUGGCUAUGAAUUAG